AUGGCCUCGCUUGCGGGGGACGACGACGACCGCGAUCUGGCAGGCUCUCAGGAUGGAAGCUCCGACAACGAGAUCGAUGAUCCGAUGCGCGAUGUCGACGACGGCGACGGCGAUAACGAGCCCGAUGGCGAUGGCGACGGCGACCAAGACGGUGACCAAGAUGCCGACAGCCCCUCGAAUGCGAGUCAAGCGUCCGAGGGCGCAGGGGGUGCUUCACAACAAAACCCCGAUGCCGCAGCGGCGGGAACCCCAGGAAAUGCGGACACGGUCAUGACCGACCCCUUCUCCAUAUAUCAUCCCAGUGUGCGCGCCGAAUGCCUGACAGCCAACACAUAUGAUAUCGCUCCUACCACCGCGGCGCCUCACAGCACGUCGAUCAAUGCGAUCACGGCAACGGCUGAUAUGCGCUGGGUCUUUAGUGGUGGAUCGGAUGGAUUUGUUCGGAAAUUCAAUUGGGCAGAUUCCAUCAACAGCAAGCUUAUGCUGACAGUGGCUCAACGGCAUCCAUUCGUGGAUAGCGUGGUUAAGGCCGGCGUGUUGAUGACAUAUUGGGAAAACAUGGAUGGCAAUAGUCUCUCGCCAGUUUAUUCCCUAGCCAGUCAAAGCGAGGGGCUCUGGGUGCUGUCUGGGUUAGAAUCUGGUGCCAUUCGACUGCAAGCAGCGCGCCAUGAAGAGGGCAAAGAAAUUGCGGUGCUGCAGCAGCAUACCUCAGCGGUGUCGACGUUACAGCUGACGUCGGAUGAAAAGUCUCUGUUAUCUGGUAGCUGGGACAAGCGGGUCCUUGACUGGGAUAUGAAUACGGGGCAAGCCAGACGUUCAUUCGGAGGCUGCGCUAGUCAAAUCUCAACCGUGCAGCUCCGGCCUGAGUCCAGUCUUCCGGUUCCCCAAGAUACGAUUGACCCUCCGCUGCCUAAUGGCAUACAUCAAACAAAUUAUCAAGUCAACGGUGUGGGCUAUGCCAACAUGAUGGAUACUUCCCAGGAAUCCGGAGAUUCGGGGGCUGCUGAGAACCCGCAGGCGGGCUCACCGGCAGACUCGCUCUUCGGUGGCGCCGACUCUUUAUUCGGCGACGCAGAUGGCGGGGCUGCCGAUGGAGGGGAGCCCUCGAAUGGUGUGUUUGGGGUCGACGAGGACGAUGAGUUUGGUCGCGCUCUCGCCAAUGGUGUCCUCGCAGACGCUGAUGCAGAUGCCCCCGGCGAGGAAGAUACAGAACUACCAACUCAACCCAAUGGGGCGCCACCACCAAACACCUCUGUUGGUGACUCCUAUAAUACUGCAGGAGACAAUCCAAACACUGAGGGACUUGACACCGACUACCCCACCGGAGCAGUCCAACCGGUCAAUGGUCUCCCAAAGGCCGAGGACCUCGAGAGACCUGCGUUCAGUCAAGGAUUCUCUCAGGACACAUCUCUCGAACACAACGUUGGGAACGAUACCACGUUCCUGGCAGCAUCGAUCGACGGGACGAUUCGAGUCUGGGACCGACGACAACCUGAUCCCGUCGCCCGAAUCACUCCUCGGAAUGUCCCGCCUUGGUGUAUGAACGCCUGCUGGUCCCCCGAUGGCAACUAUAUCUACGCGGGCCGUCGCAACGGCACCGUUGAAGAAUUCAGUCUUCACAAAGGACUGCGAAGUCCCGAGCGGACCUUCAAGUUCCCACAAGGGAGUGGGCCGGUGACAGCCCUCAAAGCCAUGCCAAACGGGCGACAUCUUGUGUGCGCCUCUCAUGAUAUUCUCCGCCUGUACGAUUUGAAACAUGAGCAGGCAUCCCGCCACUCGACUGUUCCCUUCCUCAUUAUCCCUGGUCAUCGCACCGGGACCAUUUCCCAGCUAUAUGUUGAUAAUGCUUGUCGAUUUAUGAUCUCAACUAGUGGGAACCGGGGCUGGGAGGGCAACACUACGGAGGUAUUGCUGGGAUAUGAGAUCAGUGUUCCUCAGUAG